AUAUAAAACAUUUUACUACAUGCAGUUAUGCUGUACUAAGUUCUGGAAGGAUCUGAGAGGGUUAAUACCUAAUUGAAUGCAAUAAGCAUCACCCACCGUGCUAAUGUCAUAAGGUCUUGGGAGAGAAAAGUGGGAUUUUGUGGGAGUCCGGCCUAAAGCUUGGUCCUUCCAACUGUCUUUGGAGUAAUGCGAACCUAUAAAGAGUUGAAGAGAUACAAUGAGUUGUGCUGCCCAAGACUUCUCUUGUUAAACUAGAAGGUGGCUACCCUUCUAUACAUUAAACCACAUAAGCCCCUAAUGAACCCAGACACUAAAGCAAUUCAUCAGAGCAGCAAGGAUCAGCUAAACCCCCAUUAACCUCCUCCAAUAUGACGUCACGAAUACUGCUACGGCAGCAGCUCAUGCGCGAGCAAAUGCAGGAGCAAGAACGAAGAGAACAGCAGCAGCAGCAGCAGGCAGCACAGUUCAUUCAGCAGCGAGUGCCAGUCAGCCAGACACAGGCCAUCAACGUCAGCGUCCCCACCAGUCUACCCACAAAUACCCAGGUGCCAAUGGAAGUUCUCAAGGUGCAAACCCACCUUGAAAACCCAACCAAAUACCACAUUCAGCAAGCCCAAAGGCAGCAGGUAAAGCAGUAUCUGUCAACCACUCUGGGCAACAAGCUGACAAACCAAGCCUUAAGCAUGCCUUGCUCUAACCAACCAAGUGAUCAUGCCAUGCCUCCAGGUACUGGAAGCAGUGCACCUAACAGCCCAAUGGCAAUGCUAAACAUCAGCUCAAACUGUGAAAAAGAGGUCUGGUUACCGGAAAUGAAAAUGAUGGAUGAUGUCAUUGAUGACAUUAUUAGCCUGGAGUCAAGUUAUAAUGAUGACAUCCUUGGACUGAUGGACCCAGGAAUUCCAAUGGCUAAUACGUUACCUGUACCUGGCAACAUGUUAGAUGUCUACAAUAAUCCAGGAAUGGCAGCUCCUGCCAUUACCAUCAGCAAUUCUUGUCCUGCGAACCUACCGAAUAUUAAAAGGGAACUAACAGAAUCAAUGGUUGCAGGCAUGGAACUCCAUUUUAAAAGUCCCUCUAUGAAAAUGCAUAAUGCUCUAUUACCAGAAGCUGAAGCCAGAGCACUAGCCAAGGAAAGGCAGAAGAAGGACAAUCAUAACUUGAUUGAAAGGAGGAGGAGGUUCAACAUUAAUGAUCGUAUAAAGGAACUGGGUACGUUAAUCCCAAAGUCCAAUGACCCGGACAUGCGUUGGAACAAAGGCACUAUUCUAAAGGCAUCUGUGGAUUAUAUUCGAAGGCUUCAAAAAGAACAACACAGAGCAAAAGACUUUGAAACACGACAGAAGAAACUGGAACAUGCCAACAGACACUUAAUACUGAGGAUACAGGAACUUGAAAUGCAAGCCCGUGCACAUGGAUUACCACUGGUUAACCCUUCUGGCCUCUGCUCACCUGAUAUUACUGGACGGAACAUUAAACUAGAGCCAGUAACUGAUGAGUGCCACAGCAAUAGCUUACAACACCACUCAGACCUUUCUCGCACUACUGCUGCUACUACGCUGAAUCUGUCUGAUGGAACUCUCACCUUCAAUGAUAACCUUGGACAUGCUGGCACCUACAGUGCUCCCACAAAAAUGGGUUCCAAGCUAGAUGAUAUUCUGAUGGACGAUACUCUGUCACCUGGGGAAGCAACUGACCCACUCCUCUCAUCUGUAUCACCUGGUGCUUCAAAGACAAGCAGUCGGCGAAGUAGCAUGAGCGUGGAAGAUAGUGAAAAUGGGUGUUAGCGCGCAAAGUGUUUUUUUAACUCUUCAUCUGAUACUUCAUUUUUCCUUAAAGUUCUCUUCGUGUUUUUUUUUAUUUAGCUUAAAAAGAUCUUGUGUUGCAACUGUAGACCUAUUUAUCAGUCCAAUAAAGUCAGCAGAGUUAAUAGAAAUAAAUGGAAGCAUUGGAAAAACAGAACUGUAUCUGUCUGUGGAAAGGCAGGAAACUGUUGCACUGCCAGAUAAGCGGAGAAGGCAAUGAUGAUACUCAGACAGUAGAAGACAAAAGUAGCUAUUUGGGAAUGUAGAUGGUUGAUUUUAUUCUAAAGUCACUUAAGGCCUUGAAGUAAAUGUAGGAGAAACAAAAUCAAUGUACCUUUUAAUUUGGGCAAAUAUUUUCUAUUGUCUGUUUCUUAAUAUUUACAUAUGUUUUAAUUCAUUUUUACGGCAAGUUUGAUUUUGCAUGACCUGUACUCAUUGAUUUAUUUUCAUGCUAGUCCUUUCAGAUUUUUAUUUUUUAUUUGAGUAAGUAGUUGUAUGAAUAUGCAUACGCUGAAGGGUACUGGCAUUCAGUAAGGCAAUACUUAAUAUUUCUUCAGGAUGUUUUUAGUGGAGAGUUUGUUGCAUUGGACACAGACACUUGAAGUCAGGACAAGACGUUUUUAGUGAAGUGUCUGCAUAUUUUGUAUUUCAAAACCCAAUCUUAUUUAGACAUGUUUUUAAAUUAACUUUGAAAAUGAGAGCAUUACUUGUUCAGAAAACAUGAUUGUAGUACAUAUAUCUAAAGUGAUGCUUUAGGAGCUAACUUGAUGUGCUAUUUAUUUUAUUUUUAAAUGGUGAGAGUAACUAUUAGAAGAAAAUGUGCUGUAUGUAGUUGGAACUCUACCUUUUUAUUCUCUAAUGAUACCUCUUAUGGUAGUAGAUCUACAUGUUAAGUCCCUCAGCACUGCAGCAUGCUAAAAAUAAAACAGCUUUCUGCUUAUGAAAUCAUUACUUGAUAGUGUACUUGCUCCUGAUGAAGUUAUUUGGAUAAUCUUUCUGAUUGUUUGAUGAUGUCUGUCAAGGUGAUGGCCAGUACAGGGUAUUCAUUAACUGCGAUCAUCAUAGUGAAAGAAGCAGAGGAGAUAAAGUGUGUUGCAUUGUGAAGUGAGCAUGAGGACGGAAUUAUGAUGUGACACACAGUUUGUUCCAUGAGUGAAAAUUAUUUUUAAUUCACGGGGUUUUAUGCCUGAAAUAGGUGUAGAUAAUCUUACUCUUGAAUAAGAUAAAUUGUGUGCCCUACUAUGAUCUCUUUCACAGUUUUACGGUUGUAUAUUAUAAUGUACGGAAAUGUUCAGUGAGAAUAAUUAUUUACCGUUGUGUUUUGUGAUGUACUCCACUCACCUCUGCCACAACAGAUUUAUAGUGGUGAUCAAGAAAAGACUAGCGUUUUGUCAAAGUAAAUCAAUCAACUGAUCAUCACAGUGAUUGGAAUAACCCUAUUUUAACUACAACAGUGUUGUAACAGUAGAAAUAUGAAGCUACAUCAUCUACUUUGUUGUGGAUCUAUGCAAUUUCAGUAGCUGUACUUGCAUUGAACUGUGCCUAGGUAAUUGUUUUACAUUCAUACCAUUAGUUGUGUGAAAGCUGUGAUGAAGUGAAGAAUUUUUAAAUAGGUUUUAAAUUUACAAUGUACUGUAUGUGGCAGCGAAACAUGAAUUCAGAAUGAAGUGCCUUAAAAUCGAUUGCUAAGUCUUUUGGAUAUGCACUGACUGAAGGGUGUAAUACAUGAAGGUUUGGCCUGUGUACAAGUAUAUAUGACUUUGCUUGCUGCGUGAAUUCAGAAUGAGACCUUCCAGUUUCUUUGAUGAUAUGAUUCAAUGUUUUAUUGACAUUGUGCCACUCUUCUGUGUAACUAACCUCAAGAGACUGCUUUUAAGUUUAAUCUGAAGGGAAUUGACUACACAGCCUUGUUCUGCCAAAAUCCUGGGACAGAAGUAUGCAAUACUAUAAUGUUAUGUUGAAAGCAAUAAUUCUUGUUAAAUUUUUUCAAAACAGCAAGUGGAGAGAAAAAUAGGUAAAAUAAUGAAAGAUAAGCACAACAGCCAUGCACUUACGGAGAUGUGAUUUGAAAUAAAAGAUGCACUUGAUAGAUGGGAGACUGUUGUUUUAGCUGUUAACAAAGUAUAAAACCUGUGUUUCUUGAAAAAAGUAGCUUAAAAUACUGCCUUUUAAUGAGCUAAUUGGUACUGUAAUGUGAUAUUCAUUUGCUGCCAGAUGCAGCAUGCUUUGUGUGUGGUCCAUUGGAAUGUAAAUCGCAGACUUUUUAAAAAAUUUUUAACCCUGGCCUUACUAUCAUAGACGAUACACAAUUAUUGGUUGUGGUUGAUGUAUUUCAUUCCAUAAGGAAAUCUAACCACUUUACCAUCAUUACUUAUUCAUUGUAAUGACCAGCUUUAUAUCUGGUUAAUAAAGACACACUGUAAAAUAAAGCUGGUUUUGGUCAUCUCAGCUCCAGGAUAUCACACUUGGAGCUGUCCAGACAUCUUGAGAUGCUUCAUUGCUAACUUCCCUCUGCCAUAAGGCCAGAUUCGGAAUGCUUACUGAUGAUAAAUGUUCAGUUCCAAUGACACUUUCUUAGAUAAGGAAGAACUCCUAACUCACUUUAAUAAGAAUUGGAUAAUACUGCACUGAUAAGUUGCAAAUAGUGUUCACACUACAAAGGGUCGAGAGUGUAGUGCUGGAAAAGUACAGCAGAUCAGGCAGCAUCCCAGGAGCAGGACAAUCAAUGUU